GCGUGUUUUAGAAGAAGUUAUUAGUGUUUUCCGCGGAUUUUCUCUCUCUGAUAAUUGAGGUGUAUUAUUUGAGUGCAUAAAGGAAUGUUUCAUCAGACGUCAGGCAAUCCCUUUGAAGAGGAAUCACUCCCAAAAGCCCAUUACUUCCCAUCAUUGGAAAGGGACAUUUCUGCCAACCAAAGAAAGACUUGCUUGAGCCCAAAGAAGGAAAAUGCUGACUCAAAGAAAACAUCCAAAGCUGAUGCAAAGUUCUUACGUGAAUCAAACAAGCUUGAGGUCCCGACUCGAGAGGAUGGUACUGUCAAACAUGAAGUAUCAUCCGGCUCUCAGUUUGACGAGUCCUGGCCAAGCACUGAUAGAAAUGUAUCGAGUUUAUCCCAACCAUCAUCAUCCAGUACACCUGCUGAAAAAGAAAAUUCAGAUAAAGAUCUUUCUCACGAUAAGCUGUCAUGUCCCUCUACGUUAUCCAAGUACAUUCAAAGAUUCCGCCACAGCGCUCCAACCAGUCGCGAGGAUCGCACGCCCUCUGGUCAAGAUUUUUGGUGGUUGUCACCACCGAGUAAUACUUCAACUCCAAAAGAAUCCUCGGAUACCUCAAAGUUUUCCAACGAAGGUUCUUCCAAGAUGACACGAAAUACAACUUCGGUAUCGCCUCCACGUCAGAAAUACGAAUUCAAACGUCAUCCGUUUUCUCGCCCUGUGAGAGAGACUGUGACCGCUAUGGACUCUACGUCUACGGACCUUCUAGCACGGACCAAUCUUCUUUUAGAAAAAAGUGAUAAUACAUUGAGUGAAGUUUCUUCUGAGUCCAUUCCGAAACCCCCGUCAUCAUGGAUGAUAGAAAAACAAAAAAGACUGGACGACGCUAUGGAAUCUAAGAAAACCGUCGUUAGGCCACGUCUAGCUCCGGAAGAUGACAUUCUUUAUCAAUGGAGGCUGGCAAGACGAUUGGAGAAUGCUCAAAAAGAGGCUAAAGAUGGUGAAGGAAAACGUUUUUCAAAUAUUGCGACUCAUCGUUAUGCUGCUAUAACUCGUGGUCGAUAUGGUGCUGCUUUGCCUCUUGGCCGACAUGAUGCGUAUUUACCAGAGCAAGAUCAUUCAAGACACCUCACGGAUACCAGAGACAGAUUGUCUCCUAAACAUGUGUCAAGAAAGCUUGAAGAAAGGAAGGAAGACAAAGGGAUGGAUCAUGCAACAGAUGAUAUAGCGUGCAGGGACAAACGUGGCGUUUCCGCUUCGAAUGAGAGAGAACUUUCUGAGCAAGGUUCUAAAGAAGCAUCUGCUUUGGAGAGAAAUGUACCAGCUGUUUGUUUUAUUGACGAGGAGAAAAUACCAUCACAUGUUCACAUGAUGUGUGAUAUUGUGCCUUGCUCCAAACAAACGGGGCAACAAAGUCGUGAUGUAAAUGUUAGCAAUCACGAUCCUCGUGAUUCUGACUGUAGAAUACACAGGAAUGAACGAAGCCCAAAAGCACGCCCAGGUUCGCCUGAUAUACUGGAUAAAGAUUCAGGAUCAAAUAUCCGUGUUGAAGGUGAGACUGAUGGAUUAGCAAAUGCUGUUUCAGGAAGGACGAAAAAAGAUAAUGAAAACAAAGAAUCAGACCCUCGAAUGAUCACAUCGAAAAAUUCUUCAGAAACAGCUGAAGCAAGAAGUGAGAGGGAAAUAAUAGACGACUCAGAAAAGCCCCAAAAUGACCGUAACGAGUUAGAGAUUGAAGAAAAGACAGAUUUUAGUCAUUUGACUAUGCCUAGAGAGGAUUUUUCUACAGAUAAGCAUUCUAUGAAGUCAGACGAAAAUGAAACUAAAUUGGAAAUAAGUAUGAAAGGCAAUGAUACUCCUGCUCCGGUUCCUCGUCCUUUACCUCGAACAGAAGAUGUUCAGAAUCCUGGAAUUCAGUUAACAGAUGUGAAAAAUAAUGAUGUCAUUGGCUCGGUAAUCGGGCAGGUAAUAUCCGAACGUCUUUUUUCUCCCACAUCAUCUCGGCGUAGUAGUCUAAGUAGCAGUUGCAGUGAAUAUGGGGAUGUUGAAGGUAAAAAAGAAACUAAUGUGGCGUCAACCUCCUACGAAUAUGAAAACCAAGCUGAACAGGAAUCAAAAUCAGUUACACCUGAGAUCCUUUUUCCUGAUGAUGAUAUAUUACACAGACUAAGGGAACAAGCUAAUUUUUACAAAGAACAUUUGAGAAAUAUCGACAGGAUUCUUCAACAUUUGACAGAAUAGUUAUGAAUGAGCGUAGUAUAUGGUGGUGAUAUUGCAGUA